AUGUUUUUCUUUGGCUAUGUCCAUAAUUAAUAGAAAUAAUCAUUUUUUAAUUUAAAAAUAAAUAAAUAAACUUUCAUAUAAAGUAUUGUAAUAUUUUACUAAAAUAACAUUCUAUUUAAAAAAUAAAAAUAGGUAUUUUCUUACCUUUUUAUUAAACAUUUUUUAUAUAAAGAAUAUAUUUUUUAUUUUAUCCCAAAAUAAAAAGAUUUAAUAAAAAAAUAAUUCCCCCACCGGGACUUGAACCCGGGUCUGAAGGGUGAAAACCUUCUAUCCUAACCUGCUAGACUAUAGGGGAUUAAUUUAACGGACUAAAAAGUAUUCCCCCACCGGGACUUGAACCCGGGUCUGAAGGGUGAAAACCUUCUAUCCUAACCUGCUAGACUAUAGGGGAUUACAUUAUUGUAACUGAUUCUGAUUCAUAAAUUUUAUUAUUUUUUGGAUUCAAAACUAACAAAUUAAAUAGAAUGUGAUAACAUUUAAUUCAAAAAUAAUUCAUCAGCUGGUAUUAAAACCAGUGUCUAAAGGGUGAAGACCUUUUAUCCUAAUCUGCUAGACCAUAAAAUAUAUUAAGUCAAUAAAAAGUAAAUAAAUAAAUUUACAUAUAUUUAAUUUUAUAUUUUUGUAAUUUAUUUAAAUAAAAGUUACUAAAAAAGUAUUCCCCCACCGGGACUUGAACCCGGGUCUGAAGGGUGA